AUGUCCGUCCCAACCCCAGAGAAACGCAGUCUGGAGAACAUCGAAGACGUGAACCAGCGCGCGCUCAGCAAUGUCGACUACGAUGAAGAAUACACGUAUGCCGAGCAGCGCAAAAUCAUCCAUCGGAUUGACAGGCGUCUGGUCACCAUCACUGGUCUGGCCUACUGUGUCUCUCUGAUGGACCGGACCAACCUGAGUAUGGCCGCAGUGGCGGGCAUGACCAAAGAAUUGCACUUGGAAGUUGGGACACGCUAUUCUCUCAUCGUGCUCAUGUUCUUUGUCCCCUAUGUCAUUUUCCAACCUCCGAUGACCAUCAUUACACGAAAGUUGGGCCCAACCCUCUUUCUGGGGACGAUUGUGAUCUCAUGGGGUGCGAUCCUGGUGAUGCUGGCCUGUCGUGUGCUUUUGGGCUUGCUGGAGGCUGGGUACUUCCCAGGAUGUGUGUACCUCCUCUCCAGUUGGUAUACUCGGUCAGUCGACGUCCAAAAACGCUUCUCAGUCUUUUACCUGAUCGGCUGCGUUGCUUCCGCCUUGGCCGGCAUUCUCGCCUUUGGUCUGAUGCAGAUGCAUGGCAUUGAAGGUCUCGGAGGAUGGCGUUGGAUUUUUAUCAUGGAGGGUGUGAUCACCGGAAUUAUCGGCAUUCUGACUAUCGUCUUCCUUGUGGACUUCCCCGACCGCGCACACAAGUCAUGGUGGUUCCUGAGUGAAAAGGAAGCCCAUUUCGUCGUACGUCGUAUCAACCGCGACCGUUCCGAUGGCGACGAGGAGCCCUUCUCGCUCAAGAAAUUCCUGUCCCCUUGCCUGGACCCGAAGAUUUGGGCGUUCGCCAUGAUCUUCUUCUCCUCCACGACCGUUACAUACGCCAUCGCGUACUUCCUCCCGAUCAUCCUGCAAAUGGGAAUGGGUUUCAGCGUCGGUGCCUCACAGUGCUUGGUGGCGCCUCCCUUCGCUUUUGCCGGCAUCGUCAUGUUCGCCGGAGCGUGGGUGGGAGACCGCUAUCGCAUUCGCGGCCCCAUCGUUGUCUUCAACUCGCUCUUGUGCAUCCUUGGACUGCCCUUGAUGGGCUUUGCCAAGGGGAAUGCGGCCCGCUAUGUUGGCGUGUUCUUCGCGGUCGCGGGCGCCAACGCCAAUAUACCGUCUGUCAUGGCCUACCAGGCGAACAAUAUUCGCGGCCAGUGGACUCGAGCCCUGUCCAGCGCGACCCUGGUCGGCUUUGGCGGUAUCGGCGGCAUCGUGAGUAGCUUGGUGUUCCGGUCGCAGGACGCACCCAACUACCGUCCCGGAAUGUGGACAACCAUUGCCUGUAAUAUCUUGAUCUUGAUCAUCGUGGCUAGUUUGAGUUUGUGGUUCCGCAUCUGUAACAAGCAGGCGGAUCGGGGUACGAGGAUUAUUGAGGGAAUUGCUGAUUUCCGGUAUACGCUGUAG